UGUUCCGAAUCCAAACCGUGUAACUGUACAUUCCAGUGGCAAAAUGUUUCAUUUAACUGAAAAGAUCAAACAUGUGUAAAAAAUGUCCAUUGUUCUUUCUGGUCAAAUUGAGCCUCCGUGUUAAUUUCCAGAUCCUCCAGAAGAUGAUGCGUUCACUCAAGAUAGUCUCCUGCCCAGACUCAGGAGGGGCGAGUAAAGGUGGUGGAGACGAGAGAGGAAAAUUGGCAGAGAGAGAAGAGGAGUCUCAGAUCCAACAGGGAGCAGGCCACUGCAAAUGGUUCAACGUUAGAAUGGGAUUCGGAUUUAUAUCUAUGACCUCCCGAGAAGGCAGUCCCCUGGAAACGCCGGUGGAUGUCUUCGUACACCAAAGCAAACUUUACAUGGAAGGAUUCAGGAGUUUGAAAGAAGGAGAGCCCGUGGAAUUCACUUUUAAGAAAUCUUCCAAAGGCCUGGAGUCAAUACGGGUGACAGGCCCAGGAGGUGCCCCUUGUUUAGGCAGUGAGAGGCGGCCUAAAGGGAAGACGGUGCAAAAACGGAAGCCAAAGGGAGAUCGGAUACAAGCUGUGAUACCAGGAAGGGACAUUAGUACAGUGGAGAUGAGCAAGAUCAACGUCAUGUACAUAAAAGGAAACGUUGAGGGUGAUUCUCCCAUCAUCGGUAAACGUACCGACUCAGACGGGAUUCAAACAAAUACAAUGCCAGUCCAGCAUUUACCGGCAUUUUUGGCACUGAAAAACGCCAUCGCCAAUAAAUACUGGUACCAGAAUUGUAAUUACUCUUAG